AUGGAUCGAUUGAAUCGUGAAGUGGACGCUGAUCCAAAUAUUAAAUCGAUUUCGAUUGAACAUCGUAAAGAAUCCGUUCAGCAGAUGAUACAUUAUGCACUAAAAGGUUCAUUCAGUAUGAUGGAUGCCGCGCCAGAUGUCCUUGAUGAUUUUAUCUCAUGCAUCCGGACUUUUCGGCCCCGCGGUUUCUGGACUCUUAUCCAUCACAUUACUGAUGGCCUUCGAAACAAACUAAAUGAGCAAUGGAAAACACUGAGUGUGGAUGAAGUUCUACGUUACCUCAGUCUUAGUGCUCAUCAUCGUUUGCAUGAAUUAUGCUCGAAAGCUAUUAUCCUUGUUGCAAAUGUGCAUUACGUACAGUUUAUGCGCGAAUAUAAUAUUGACUCAAAUGGAUCAAAGCGAGAAAUUUACAAUAUGCUUAAGGACAGUGAACUACCCUUUGAAGGUAAUGCAAUACAGAAGAUUCAAGCUGUUUAUUAUGCAGGCAAAGAAACGCGCACAAUGUUUCGGUAUUCAGUAAAAGAGGAAAAAAAAAUGCGGGCAACGAAUGCUGCAAAGUUUUAA